AUGGCGAACGCUACCGAAGAAACAGAAAAGCGUAAACUUUUGAGAAAAUAUAAUAUAUUCUUCGAUCUCAACGAGCCUCAAGCUCCCGGCCCUGAAGCUUAUUUUGAGGAUAUCAGGGCGCUCGGAGACUACAGUCUCGAUCAAUACCGUUCAAGUAUUAAUAUCGAAUCCAGACAAAAACCCUGGAGACAGAACAUCCUCAGACGCGCCUACGUCAUCAGUGCGAAGGCUCGACGAUGUCUCGACGAGAAUAAAAACGAGCUUAGCUGGCGUCUGAAUAUUGAGUCGGAUAUCCUCGCCCGAUUCAGCAUCGAGGUUGCUUGGUAA